UUAUUUUCAAAUUUACGAUUUCGAGAGAGCUAGAGAAAGCGGAGGCGACACGAGAAGCCAUUUCAGAGACAUUGAGCGAAGGAAGAAGAAAGGAGCUCAGGAAGUGAGAUCAAAAUGGCGAGAAGAGGAUUUCUAAUGUCCUGCUUCUUGGCAGAGGGCUCCUCGCGAGACCUCUCUGCGAGGCCCCGAUAUCCAUCGAUGCCGAGGUACCCGAAGGGGGUGGCUAAGGAGGAGGCGAUGGGAACUAGAAAAGACGUAGAGGCGCCGCCGGAGGGGCAUAGGACGGUGACGUUCUCUGUGUACGGAAUGGCGUGUUCAGCCUGCGCUGGGUCGGUGGAGAAGGCGAUCAAGCGACUACCGGGCAUCCACAACGCCGCAAUCGAUGUCCUCAACAACCGUGCUCAAGUUAUCUUUUACCCCAAUUUCGUCUCGGAGGAUCAAAUUCGAGAAACAGUUGAAGAUGCUGGAUUUGAAGUUGCAUUGAUUCAAGAUGAUGUUAAAGAAUUAACAACUCUUACAUGCAGGCUGCAUAUUAAGGGGAUGACCUGUACUUCUUGCUCCAGUACAGUGGAAUCAGCAUUACAAUCUAUUCCUGGGGUCCAAAAAGCUGUAGUGGCCUUGGCAACUGAAGAGGCAGAAAUUCGUUAUGAUCCUAAGCUUGUAAGUGCUGACCAACUCAUCAAGGGAGUUGAUGAUACUGGAUUUGAAGCAAUACUGAUUACAGCAGGGGAAGGUAGGAACAAAAUACAACUUAAAAUAGAAGGGGCCUGCACUGAAAGGUCUAUCAGAAUGGUUGAAAGUUCACUCCAGGCACUCCCUGGCAUAGAGGAAAUUGUUACGGAUCCUGUUCUUCAUACAGUUUCAGUAUCCUACAAGCCAGAUCAAACUGGCCCUCGUAACUUCAUUGAAGUGAUUCAAUCAAUAGAUUCUGGUCGUUUAUCAGCAACAAUAUACUCAGAAGGAGGGGGGAGGGAAUCGCACAAGCGUGAAGAGAUUAGGCAGUACUACCAUUCUUUCCUCUGGAGCUUGCUAUUCACGGUCCCAGUAUUUCUCUUUUCCAUGGUGUUUAUGUAUAUUCCUGGCAUAAAUCACAAGCUAGAUAUCAAAGUAGUGAAUAUGUUAAGCAUCGGAGAGCUUCUAAGGUGGAUAUUAUCAACUCCCGUGCAAUUUAUAAUUGGCCGAAGGUUUUAUACUGGUGCGUACAAAGCUUUGAGACAUGGAUCUGCUAAUAUGGAUGUGCUGAUAGCUCUUGGAACCAAUGCAGCGUAUUUUUACUCUGUUUACUCUGUGCUCAGAGCAGCGACUUCUCGAGAUUUUGAGUCGAAUGAUUUCUUUGAGACAAGUUCUAUGCUCAUUUCUUUCAUUCUACUCGGGAAGUAUCUUGAGGUACUAGCAAAAGGCAAAACAUCAGAGGCCAUUGCUAAACUCAUGGACUUGGCACCAGAAACUGCAGUCCUCAUCAUUCAUAACGAAGAUGGAAAUAUAGUUAGUGAAAGGGAAAUUGACAGUCGAUUGAUACAACAUAAUGACGUGAUCAAAGUGAUGCCUGGUGCAAAGGUAGCUUGUGAUGGCUUUGUAAUAUGCGGUCAGACCUAUGUCAAUGAGAGUAUGGUAACUGGAGAAGCAAGACCUGUUGCAAAGAGGAAGGGGGAUAGUGUGAUAGGGGGCACUGUAAAUGAGAAUGGCAUGUUGCAUGUCAGGGCAACACAUGUUGGAUCUGAAAGUGCUUUAUCACAAAUUGUUCGCCUUGUUGAAUCAGCUCAAAUGGCCAAAGCUCCUGUACAGAAGUAUGCUGAUCGCAUUUCCAAAUAUUUUGUACCACUUGUCAUUAUUCUAUCACUCUUAACUUGGCUGGCUUGGUUUCUAGUGGGAAAAUACAAUGGCUAUCCAAAAUCUUGGAUUCCAUCUUCAAUGGAUGGGUUUCAGCUUGCCCUUCAAUUUGGCAUAUCAGUUAUGGUCAUAGCAUGUCCAUGCGCACUUGGCUUGGCAACCCCCACUGCUGUCAUGGUGGGCACUGGAGUUGGUGCUUCUCAGGGUGUGUUGAUUAAAGGAGGUCAAGCACUUGAGAGUGCUCAUAAGGUGAACUGCAUUGUUUUUGACAAGACAGGCACUCUUACAACAGGGAAGCCGGUUGUCAUUAGCACAAGGCUUUUGAAGAAUAUGACCUUGCGUGAUUUCUAUGAAUAUGUUGCAGCUGCUGAGGCAAACAGCGAGCAUCCCUUGGCGAAGGCCAUUGUGGAGUAUGCAAGGAAGUUUACAUUAGAAGAAAAAUAUACUUGGCCUGCAGCACAAAACUUCGUGUCUAUCACGGGUCAUGGCGUCAAAGCCAUAGUAGGAAACAAAGAGCUCAUUGUAGGAAACGAGAGUUUGAUGCAGGACUCUGGCAUUGAAAUCCCAGAUCAAGCUUUAGAACUUCUCAAGGAAGCUGAGGAAAUGGCACAAACAGGAAUCCUUGUGGCCAUGAACCAGGAGAUUGUGGGAGUGAUUGCAGUUUCUGAUCCCCUGAAACCUGGUGCCCAGGAUGUCAUAAACAUUCUUAAGUCCAUGGAUGUGAGGAGCAUUAUGGUAACAGGAGACAAUUGGGGCACUGCAAAGGCCAUUGCCAAAGAGGUUGGGAUAGACACCAUUGUUGCUAAAGCAAAGCCUGGAGACAAGGCAGAAAAAGUGAAAGAACUUCAGAUGUCUGGGUUAACGGUGGCCAUGGUUGGUGAUGGAAUCAACGACUCGCCGGCACUUGUAUCUGCUGAUGUAGGUAUGGCAAUUGGUGCCGGCACUGACGUCGCCAUUGAAGCGGCUGAUAUUGUUCUCAUGAAAAGCAACCUAGAGGAUGUUAUAACUGCUAUAGAUCUUUCAAGGAAAACCUUCUCACGGAUUCGCAUGAACUACAUGUGGGCGCUUGGUUACAACAUCAUUGGCAUUCCUAUUGCUGCUGGAGUUUUAUUCCCUUCAACAAGGUUUCGAUUGCCGCCAUGGGUUGCAGGCGCUGCUAUGGCAGCUUCAUCAGUCAGUGUUGUCAUGUGCUCGCUCUUACUUAAGAACUAUAAAAGGCCAAAGAAGUUGGAAACCCUUCAGAUAAAAGGCAUCAUGGUCGAGUGAAUUGCUUGCUGGAAUGAGAUCUUCGAUCUUCCGAGUUUUGAGCUCUGUAAAUAUGUACAGAGGUUUGCUUCAUUGGCUGAUAGAAAGUUGGAACUACAUGUUUUGCUACAAUAAGUUCAUGAGUGUUGAAUCUAAAUGAUUGUCGACUACACUAUAACAAGCAUCAUUGGGUGAUAAUGUGCGUCACAAUUAUCAUCCUGGUCAUUCCGAACUACAUUUUUUAUAUACUUGGAUGUAUUUGGUUGUA